AUGCCAGAUUAUGCUGAAAUCGAAGAUUCGCAGAAUUAUGAAAAAGCAGCUAGUGCCCUUACCGAGGCAUUUAAGGUUCUCAUUAAGGCCAGUACUAGUCUAGAGGGUAAAGGAGAAGAUGCAGACCCUCGAAAGCAAUCAAUGCUACAAAGGAUAAAGCUGAAAGCCAUCCUGUGUAAACGCUUUUCAGACAUACGCGAGUAA